UCAAUCAUUUUUAACAUUUAGAUCAGUUUUAUCUAUGUAUUUGUGUCUUGUAAUUUUUCAUUGUGACAUAAGAGUGUAACACAGACCGAGUCUUGAUAGUUGUAGCUUCCGAAGGUGACUCACACGGGCCUCUUUUUACAACAGUAUUUUUUUUUAUUUGUUGUUUCUUGACAUUUACAUGAAAAAUAGUUUUUUACGACACUCUCUCCUCCCUCGCGGGCCUCGGUGGGGUUAGCUGUUGCCUUGGCGACCUGAUCAUAAACUAGCGACGGUAUCCGUUCGUGACCUGACUCGGCGUCCCGUUCGUUCGUUCUGACGCGAAGCUAGAAACAACCAAAAGCGGGAUUUAAGAAGAAAUGGCGUCCCGUUUGGUCCCGGAAUUCCCCGCCGUUCUGGUGGCCCUUGAGCACCUGGAGGAGCUGAACCGGCAACUGCGGGAGGAUGGGGCCCCGGGGGCCCCGGAAGCCAGCAUCCUGCUGUCGGACGUCGGCGCCACGGUCUCCCAGCUGGAGGCGGACCGGCGCGCGGCUCACGAGCGUUUGGAGGUGGAGACGAGAGAAAACGGGAAGCGGGGGCACCAGGUGAGCGGCGUCCGCGAGCGCCUACGCGGGGAGGUGACGGCGCACGCGGCCGCGGCCCGGGCAGCCCACGCGGAGGAGAUGGAGGCGCUGCGCAAAGACCUCAGCACCACCUCCGAGCUCCACCAGGAGGCCGCCACCAAGCUGCUGGAAGUCCAGAGCCAAAACAAGGAGCUGCAGGCAGAGCAGGAGACAGCCAGGAGUCACCUGGAGGAGGUUGUUGCCACCUUACAGGAUCUCCUCAUCCAAAAAGAGAGGCGGCAGGGGAAGCUGGAGGAGAGCUAUGAGCUGAUGGAGGAGCUGAAGUCCUCCAUAAAUGCUGCGGAGCAAGAACUCCAAACUCUGCAGCAGAGCACGACUCUGGAGCGCGAGGCUUUUCCGGAGCUGAAGGCCGGCCUCCUCGGACAGGUGGAGGAGAUCCAGGAGGAAAUCGAUCGCCGGUUUGAAGCCGUGAAGAUGAGAAACCAAGAAAUAGACCGAGUCAACAAACGGAAAGAGGAAACGCGCAGAAAUCUGGAGGAACACAGUGUUCAUGUGGCCGAACUGGAGACCAAUGUGGUGAGACUGAAGUCGUCAUGGCAACAGUGUGAGCUACAGCUAGAAGAUGAGACCCGAAGGUAUCAAGAACUGACGGAGCAGUGGGAGAAUCGUAAACAGGAGUUGCACGACUUAAAGGAGACGUUUAGUCAGAGGAUUCACGAUCUUCAAGAGCAAAUCGCGGCGGUGGAAGCUAAAGUGGUGGCGGGCCGGGCGGCGAGGGCGCUCCAUCAAGAGUCCCUGCCUCACAUGGAGGAGAUUUGCAAGCGGAGGCAGGCGGAAGAAAACGACGGAAAGGCGGAGCUUCUGCGUGUGUCGCAGCGGCUGAAGCGGCUAAAGCGGCAGCUGGAUCAGAGCGCCGCCGCCAUCGCCCAACGCAACCACGAGAUCCGGCUGAUGGACAGGCAGGUCAAAGACCUACGGGAGACGGAGGCGGCCAACCGGCCACUCCUGAAGAAAAACAAGGAGAAGCUUCUCAUCGGCGUCAAUGCGGAGAAGAAGAACGUCGGCCUUUUGGGAGAUGAGGUGAAGCAGCUCAGACGGCAGCUGGAGGAGGAGAGGAGGAGGCAGGAGGAGCAUGCGGAGAAGAUGAAAGCUGAGAUCGGUAACAGCGUCAGGAGGUACGAGGAGCUGCUGCAGGAAAAGGCCGCUCUCCACCAGCGACAGCCUCAAAGUGCGGAUCUCCAAAGGCUGAAGAGCCUUGUCGCCCGACGGGAGGCGGAGUUCAGAGAAGAGGAGAGCGUCCUUCUGCAGAGGGUUCAGCAGAAAACCACAGAGGCGGAGAGCGUCGGCGAGAACCUCAGAGAGAAGCAGAGGGAGGUGGAGGAGAAAGAGAAGACGCUGGGGGAGGCGGAGGCCAAGCGGAACGAAGCUUUGACCAGGUAUGACACUCUGAGAGAACUCACUCUGGAGCUGCAGAGGAGGACCGCCGAGCUGGAGCUCAAGAGUCAGGAGGCGGAGGAAGGAACCAGGGGGCUGCUGCUGGCCAAAGCCGACAUGAAGGCGGAGCUGGAGGAGCUGCGAGCGCGGUACACGGCGCUUCUGGACCAGCAGGCCUCCGAGCUGAGAGCAGUGGAGGUGAGCAUUUACGACUGCAGCGUGAAGCUGGAGCAGGUCAGCACGGAAAACAGCAGACUCCGCCUCCGCAUCCGGCAGGUGACGGAGGACGUCAGAGCAGCCGCCGAGCACAGAGACCACCACCAGCAGGAGACCCAGAGGUUCAGGCGCCACCACAGAGCCUUAAAGGAGAGACUGCAGGAAGCCUUUGAGCAGGACGAAGUGCUGGUUCAGGACCAGCAGAGUCGUGACGGCGUCCUGCUGGCGUCCAUCAGGUCUUUGGCGGAGCAGCUGAAGAGCCGGAAGCAGCAGCUGCUGCAUUUCAGCACAACGCUGGACAGACGGAUGCUGGACUUUAGCAAACGACUGGGAGAAAAAACAACAACAACAACGUGACAGUCACAGCAGAACGCCAUGAUAGGACGAUGAUUCCAAAUGACUGGAUUUCCUCUGUAUAACCCAGACUUCCUAUAAAUUGGAGCAAAAUCCAAAAUAUACAAACACUUUGGACCUGCAGUCUUUACUUGUCUUUACUUGGUUUGUUGCUGCCUCACAUUGGCUUUGACCUAGUUCAACAAAUACUUUUAACUGAACUCAUCCUUAAAAGGUUAAGGUCUAAACUUAUCCUGAACAUUUGUUUAUAAUAUUACUAAAUCUAACUUAUCCUUAACUUAACCUUUAACGUGGAAAUGAAACAACCAACGUGUUAUAUUUAAAUAGACAAAGGACGAUCUUUUCCUCCCAAAGGUCAGGAUGCCCAUCUCCACUCCUUGAGGGCCGCCGGUGUGCUGCUUGCUUUCUAACUAACCUGUCAUUAUAGCUUUUUUUUAUUGCCAAAAUACACCUGAUCCAGGUAAUCAGCAGCAGAUGGGGCGGGGUUUUCUUAAAACACUAGCAGGGUCCCACCAGCUCUGGAGUCCAACCCCCCCUGGACUCUAAACAAACCCCUAGGUCAUGUAACCGCACCCAACAUUCAUCAGUUACACCACAGAUGGCAUAGUUUGGGCUACAUUUAAUUUAAUUUAGUAACAUAGUAAUAUAGUAACUGAAGUGGUAUUUGGGGGGUAAAUUACUGAAAAAGAAAUCUGUGAAAACCCCCACAAAGCGAGUGCUGGUUUGUUUUGGUACCAUUUGUAGAAAAAUGAAGCUAGUUAUCUGGUUACUAAUAAGGUCACAAAUGGUAACCGGAGCCCCCCCCCCGUGUAGCGUGCUCAGCUCCCUCUUGUUUGCCGUGUGCACCCAUGCCCCCCAAUCGCCGGUCGUAUGACAAAGAAAAAGCUCUGGAUGCAGAGCGGCAGCGUGGCAUUGUGCUGCGCGGAGAGGCAAGCUGCUGAUCAUCAACAACAACAACAAAAGCCGGAGUCAGCUGCUGAUGCUGGAGCAAAGAGGACAAACAGACACAUGCACGCACACGUGGGAGAGUCACAUGGUCCCCACACAGAAAACGCCACAUUCUUUUAGGCUUUGGUUAGAUGACACAUGACUUAUGGGAAACUGACAUCUUCAGGAACCACAAACUGAAACUGAAUCAUGAAAUCAGACAUUUUCACUUGUCUGUUUGCAAUGCCAGGCAUUUGAAAAAGCAUUCAAUAGAAACCAACAUCAGAUGUUGCUCACCUUUCAGCGAAUCAGUGAGUCACGGGUGGAGAUUUUUACAUCCUGACACAACCCUGUAUUUGAUCCGGGCUGGGGACCGGCAAAGGGGGACCCAGACUUGGGGGCCCCCUUGUGGGUACAUAGUAGAACAAAAGGUCUUGCCCCCAAGGACUCACACUAGAUGAAGCUCAUCGCAUCCCCUGGGAAACGAACUCUGAUUUCCCAAGUGCCAGUCCUACACUUUCUAGGACAUAGUUUCUGCAGAGGGGCAGCGGAUCAUCAGUUGGCAUGGAGAAACCCCGCCCCCCCUUUCCUUUUCCGUUCCUUAUAGCAUGUGGCUCGCCCAGUAUAUUUUCUCCGUCACAAACACACUAUUCAUUAAACAGCUCGUUUCUUUUUCUGUCUGUUCCCGAUUCACAAUGAUUUGAAUAAAGAAAAACUCAGAGAUGCAACUUUAAGCUUAAAUUU